GAUCGAACGUCUGACCAGCCAAACUGAUCUACAUUUUUCACCAACCACUUAAAAACAAAAACGCUUUAUUCUUAAAGAGAAAAACAAAACAAAACUUCUGUCUCUGCAAAGCUCCAUCCUUUGUGGUUGUGUUUGUGGCGUAGAGAGCCACUCGACGAGUUAUUAAAAGUUAAAACUUUUGUGUCAACUUGAAACCUUUUCUUUUGGAUUUUAUCUCAUCAUCACUCGUUUGUGUCUCUGAAUCUCUAUCCCGUGGAUUCGCAUCUGCCAUUGUUAUUCUUACCUUUAUCGGAUCCAUCUGAUCUCGAGUGGAUUUUCUCUAAUCAAUCCCUGAAAUGGCGGAUGUGUGGAAGGAUUUAGCUUCAGGGACUGUUGGAGGAGCGGCUCAGCUAGUUGUUGGUCAUCCAUUUGACACAAUCAAGGUCAAACUUCAGAGCCAACCGACUCCAGCACCAGGACAACUUCCAAGGUACACCGGUGCAAUCGAUGCAGUUAAGCAGACCGUUGCUUCUGAAGGAGCUAAAGGUUUGUACAAAGGUAUGGGAGCUCCUCUUGCAACCGUUGCUGCCUUCAAUGCGGUUUUGUUCACCGUGAGAGGUCAAAUGGAAGGACUGCUUAGGUCGGAAGCUGGAGUUCCUUUGACCAUUAGCCAACAGUUUGUGUGCGGAGCUGGCGCUGGUUUCGCGGUUUCGUUCCUUGCUUGUCCUACCGAGUUGAUCAAAUGCAGGCUGCAAGCACAAGGUGCAGCAGUAGCCGGCGCCUCUACCACAAGCUCAGUGGUUGCAGCCAUGAAAUACGGGGGACCAAUGGAUGUAGCCCGUCAUGUCCUACGAUCUGAAGGCGGAGCACGAGGUCUAUUCAAAGGUUUAUUCCCGACAUUCGCCCGUGAAGUCCCGGGAAAUGCAACAAUGUUUGCAGCCUACGAAGCUUUCAAGCGGUUUUUAGCCGGUGGUUCAGACACUUCAAGCUUAGGACAAGGGUCAUUGAUCAUGGCGGGUGGAGUUGCUGGUGCGUCGUUUUGGGGAAUUGUAUAUCCAACCGAUGUCGUGAAGAGUGUUCUUCAAGUCGACGAUUAUAAAAACCCGAAAUACACAGGGUCGAUGGAUGCAUUUCGGAAGAUUCUGAAAUCUGAAGGAGUUAAAGGUUUGUAUAAAGGGUUCGGUCCAGCAAUGGCUAGGAGUGUUCCUGCUAAUGCUGCUUGCUUCUUGGCUUAUGAGAUGACAAGGUCAAGCUUGGGAUAAACCGGCUCGGGUUGGGUUUAACCGUUGGUCCGAUUUCUGGAUGUUCCAUUGCGAUUAACCUUUUCUGUUUUUAGAUUUGAUUCUUUGAAAUUUUCUGCAAAAUUUAUGUAUCUUUUAUACAGUUUAUUUCAAUAUCUCUUACACAGUUUAUUUCUGAGA